UUGAAGCUGGAUGGCCGUUGACAAUGAGAAACUUGAAGACUCUCGAAGGUAUCACUCGACGUGUUAUUUUUCCUUCCAAUUUAAUUCUCGUGUUAUAUUUAAUAAAAUCAGUCUGACUUUUAUAAAUCGGAGAUUGGACAAACUGAUGUGCAUGUGGUGUUUUUUCAUGAAAAUGUUAUAAAUCUCGGAUACAUCAAGUUAAUUUAAUUCAAGACAAAUUGGUUUUAUUUACAAAAGAUGAGCGGCAAACGAUCAUUGAUGGAUGCUCUUGACGCUCCUCAAUGGACGGAUUUUACUUCCAGUCCUCAGGUGUCGGAUGAUUUCUUCAAUCGACUGCACCUGGAGCAUGAGCUAGAAUAUCAUCAAAAGUUGCAAAAAUAUUCAGAAAUACAGUUUUCAUCAAUGACAAGUGAGAGCGAUUUUGAAGACGUGUUAGACAAAGUUCAAAUAACCCCCGUGAAAGUGUUAUCGCCCAGAUCAAAAAAUAAUAAAGAAGAAAAACUGGAAACAACCGUCGGCGAUCUUCUUUACGAAGCAAUGAGCAAUCUCGAACUUUCUUCAAAAAAAGGCCGUUUGAAUAAAAGUACAGCCAAUUCUUCGGACAAUUUUAAGACACCAAAAAUGCCUCCCAAAAGAAUCACAAGAUCGAUGAGCGCAAAGAAGAAUUGCGAUGAUUCUUUAUCACGCGUUGCCUCUAAAUUAAAUAUGAAUGAUACUGGACCUAAAACACCAGAGAAAACGGACAAUCAGAACCUAAAAAACGAUUCUAAAGAAACUGAAGACUCCAAAGAAAAGAAAGCGCCUUCAAGAAUCGCCACUUCCUUCUCAGGUGAUAAAUUUCCAUAUUCUACCGAUACAGAGAAUAAAGAAAACGAUCAAGGGAAUAAUACUUGUCUCUUUAAAUCUUCUGAAACACAUGCUAUUGAAAAAGUGACUUUGAAGACUCAGAACCACAACGAGGUUGAUUCAGGAAUCGAAGUCUUGAAGGAAAAGAAGGUGCGUUCAAGAAUCGUUACUUCUUUCUCGAAUCCAGCUGGAAAUCGCUCGACCAGUCGAGAAAAGACGGACCAGAAAAAGCAAGCAACAAGUAUUACUGCUAAAUCUUUAGAAACAAAAACUUGUCCCAAGCAGUCCUUGAAAUCACAAAAGGUUGGCGAGACCGGUGCAGAUGCAUCCACACAAAAGCAAAAGAAACCUCUCUCUUCCAGAAUCGUGACAUCAUUCGGUUCUACCAAAUCCAUCGGAUCAACCAAGUCUGAUAUCACAGCUAUCAAGCCACGACCUCAUUUAUUAAGUUCCCAGCUUCGCCGACACAGUUUAUCCAAACAAAAACGGAACGAGCCCUACAUCAGUUUGGCGGAAGCCGUUUCGAAAUUUCAGAAGGGAACGCCAAAACGAUUCCGCUCUGUUUCCACGAAAGGACUCAAGCCCGGUCCUGUGGCGGCACUGAAACAAGUCACUCUCAAAAUCACUCGUCCAAUUUCUCCCGCGCUAACCUCCAAAACGAGAGUCAGGCCAGUCAAGGCGCUCAGUCACGAAGAAAGAGAGAAAUUGGAAAUAGAAAAGGGCAGAAGCAGAAUUAUUAAAGCGAAUCCGGUGCCGAAAUCUAGCCUGAAAAAAGUUGAACCGACAAAGAAAGUGGAGAAAAAGCCGUUCACUGUGCCGGAACCGUUUCAGUUCAAUUACAGAAAAAUCCGACAGUUUUCUUCGUCGGAAUCUUUGGCUUCGAAACAGCCGCGGAACUGUAACACAAAUUCAAAUCUCUACGAGGCCUUGAAUCUCCGUGAACCGGUACAGAAGAAAGUGGUGCAUGCUAUCGUCUCGAGUGAGGAUGAAAAUUUAGCAGUCAAGGAAGAAGAAUUGGGACAUUUCGGAAUUCCGACGGAGCCUUGCGGCAAACCGAAGAAAUUCACGCGAACUUUGCCAUUCAGUUUUGAAACGCGGAACAAGGAAUUCCAGGACAAGAAAGAGCGGAAAUUGAAACAGAUUCAGUCGGAAGAGCUGAAGAUGAAGAAAAUGAAGGAUUUUCAUGCGAAACCAGCUCCCACGAGCCUCGUUUCCAGAGAACCGGGACCCAUUAAAGGUAGAAUGACUCCAAAAGCUAAGGAAUCAACGACAGCUAAAAAGACGACUCUUUGUCCAUUCAGCUUUGAAGAGAGGAACAAGCUUCUUCUAAAAAAGAAGGAGAAUCUGAUCAAGGAAACCCUGGAGAAGGACAAAAAGGCCCGGGAAUUCCACGCGAAUCCGGUGCCGGAAUUUCGGCCCGUUUUUGUACGCGGCCGUUCCAGGGAGAAUAUAAAAAUCGAGGAAAAGACUCCAGAGAAACAGAAAAUCAUUAAAUCCUUGCAAGCAAAAACGCAUCCGACUCAUCUUCCUAAGAAGGAAAUUGGCAAUCAGGAGAAUACUCAGUCGAAGAGUGUGAAAUUUCUGCGUGCUCAUAAAUCGGAAACGAAUCUGGAUGAUGCGCAAUUGAAUUUGAAGGGUAAAGGAAGUUCGCUGUCGGAAUUAAACACGGACAAGAGAGCGAGAGAGCGAAAGGAUUUUCAGGAUAAAUUGAGGCGAAAAGAAAUGGCGGAGGAGGAACUUCGGAGGAGGGAAGAGGAGGAACGGCUGACUAGGGAAAAAGCGGAAACGGCUGAAUUGCGGCGGAUGGCGGAAGUAAAAGCGAGGCCGAUGCCACAGUAUAAACCUGUUUCUAUUAUUAAGUCCAGUAAGCCCUUGACCGACCCACAUAGUCCUGAUUGGUAAUCUCACAUUCAGCAGGAUGGCGAUUUGACCGGGAAUUUAUUUAAGAAGCCGGGAAUUUACUUCUGACGGCAGUAAAAUUUUAGUUUUUAUUAUUUAAAUAAUUUUGAUAAUUGAAAAAAUAUCUCUUCCAGGUCUGAAUUAUAUUUAUUUAUAUAUAAAGAAGAAAUAUUUCUGAAUUAUAAUGGAAAAUUUUGUUGUAUUGUUUUUUGCGAGUUCAUCCUUUCUUAGUUAAAAAUUCAGCUUCUUGGUUAAAAU